AUGGCAGCACUCGAUUCUCAGCCCCGUUACAUCUACAAGAUUAUCCCCUCCGCCGCACCGGUCUGCGAGCCACUUCCUGAGCGUUUGCCCGUUAGCCAGCUGGACCAAGACUCGGGAUUUGUCCAUCUCUCGAUGGCGACCCAAGUUGCCAAUACGCUCAAAUUUUUCUUCAAGGAUGAACCGUUGGUAUAUAUUCUACGUAUAGAGUAUGAACGUGUGAUGCAAGAUGUCCGCUGGGAGUCCCCCGACGGGAAGGUCUGCGGCCCACGACCCGGAGAAGGCUUGUUCCCUCACCUAUAUAACGGCUUGAAACUGGGGAAAGAUGAAGUCGAGAGUAUCGCAGUUUGGCAGAAUGAAGACGGGUGGGACAAAGCCAUCAACGGGGCUGAGGCAUGGCUUCUGUGA